GCGGCGGCGGCGGCGGCGCGGGGGUUGAGCCGUGGUAGUGCGGACGCGCUCGUGCUCGGGAACUAUCGGAUUAAACUUGAAUCGAGUGAAAUUACACAAAGGAGCGCCGCUGAGGAGGCGGCCCGGGGACCCAGAGACCCUGAAACUCGCCAGAGCCCCGUUCGCUCCCGGCCAACUCCGCGCCCGUGGAUCCAGCCCCCCGGCCGCGGCCGCCCAGCCAACUCCAGAGCCUGCUCUGCGUUUUGUUUCUCCCUCGGCACAGGGCAGCGGACGAGCCCGCCCGACCGACCGAGCCGGACCUAUAUCCAGACUUUGCCUGACACUGCGGGGUCCAGGAGAAUUAAAGGAAUAUGGAAUGACAGGAAGAAGAUUAGUUGAGGAUUACAGGCCUUGAGGACGAGCACCUCAGUGAAGAGAAGCACAGACAAGCUCCCGAGCUGUAGUUGGGAGGAAGGAGCCGCGUGUUGGAAGAAGAUGGCGGAUCCAGGAAUGAUGAGUCUCUUUGGCGAGGAUGGGAAUAUUUUCAGUGAAGGCCUUGAAGGCCUUGGUGAUUGUGGUUACCCUGAAAAUCCAGUGAACCCCAUGGGUCAGCAAAUGCCCCUAGACCAGGGCUUUGCCUCUCUGCAGCCGUCCCUUCACCAUCCCUCCCCUAAUCAGAAUCAAACCAAGCUGACCCAUUUCGAUCACUAUAAUCAGUAUGAGCAGCAGAAGAUGCACCUCCUGGACCAGCCGAGCAGGAUGAUGAGCAGCGCCCCUGGGAACGGACUCGCGUCUCCUCACUCGCAGUACCACACCCCUCCGGUUCCUCAGGUCCCUCACAGCGGCAGCGGCGGCGGGCAGAUGGGAGUCUAUCCUGGCAUGCAGAAUGAAAGGCACGGGCAGUCCUUUGUGGACAGUGGCUCCAUGUGGGGCCCCCGGGCUGUUCAGGUACCGGACCAGAUACGAGCCCCCUACCAGCAGCCACCGCAGCCGGCUCCGUCGGGGCCCCCCGCCCAGGGCCACCCUCAGCACAUGCAGCAGAUGGGCAGCUACAUGGCACGUGGGGAUUUUUCCAUGCAGCAGCACGGGCAGCCGCCGCAGAGGAUGAGCCAGUUUUCCCAAGGUCAAGAGGGCCUCAAUCAGGGAAACCCUUUCAUUGCCACCUCAGGACCCGGCCACCUGUCCCACGUGCCCCAGCAGAGUCCCAGCAUGGCACCUUCCCUCCGUCACUCAGUGCAGCAGUUCCACCACCACCCCCCCACUGCUCUCCAUGGGGAAUCCGUUGCCCACAGUCCCAGAUUCUCCCCUAAUCCUCCUCCACAAGGGGCUGUCAGGCCGCAAACCCUUAACUUUAGUUCUCGGAGCCAGACAGUCCCCUCACCUACUAUAAACAACUCAGGGCAGUAUUCUCGAUAUCCUUACAGUAACCUAAAUCAGGGAUUAGUUAACAAUACAGGGAUGAAUCAAAAUUUAGGCCUUACAAAUAAUACUCCAAUGAAUCAGUCCGUACCCAGAUACCCCAAUGCUGUAGGAUUCCCAUCAAACAGUGGUCAAGGACUAAUGCACCAGCAGCCCAUCCACCCCAGUGGCUCACUUAACCAAAUGAACACACAAACUAUGCAUCCUUCACAGCCUCAGGGAACUUAUGCCUCUCCACCUCCCAUGUCACCCAUGAAAGCAAUGAGUAAUCCGGCAGGUACUCCUCCUCCGCAAGUCAGGCCCGGAAGUGCUGGGAUACCAAUGGAAGUUGGCAGUUAUCCAAAUAUGCCCCACCCUCCGCCGUCUCACCAGCCCCCUGGUGCCAUGGGAAUUGGACAGAGGAAUAUGGGCCCCAGAAACAUGCAGCCGUCUCGUCCGUUUAUGGGCAUGUCCUCAGCACCGAGGGAGCUGGCCGGGCACAUGAGACCAAAUGGCUGCCCCAGUGUUGGCCUUGCAGAUCCACAAGCAAUCCAGGAGCGGCUGCUACCUGGCCAGCAGCACCCUGGCCAGCAGCCGUCUUUUCAGCAGUUGCCAACCUGCCCUCCGAUGCAGCCCCACCCGGGCUUGCACCACCAGUCUUCACCCCCACACCCGCAUCACCAGCCUUGGGCACAGCUCCACCCAUCACCCCAGAACACCCCGCAGAAAGUGCCUGUGCCUCAGCAUUCUCCAUCGGAGCCCUUUCUAGAGAAACCAGUGCCGGAUAUGACUCAGGUUAGUGGACCGAACACCCAGCUAGUGAAGAGCGAGGAUUACCUGCCAUCCAUAGAGCAGCAGCCACAGCAAAAGAAGAAGAAAAAGAAAAACAACCACAUUGUUGCAGAGGACCCCAGUAAAAGUUUUGGUAAAGAGGACUUCCCUGGUGGGGUUGAUAACCAAGAACUAAAUAGGAAUUCACUAGAUGGGUCUCAAGAAGAAAAAAAGAAAAAGAAAAGGCCGAAGGCAAAAAAAGACCCGAAGGAACUGAAAGAACCCAAGGAGAAAAAAGAGCCCAAGGAACCCAAGACCCCGAAAGCCCCUAAGAUUCCCAAAGAGCCAAAGGAAAAGAAAGCAAAAACUGCCACGCCAAAACCCAAGUCCAGCAAAAAGUCCAGUAAUAAGAAACCUGAUUCAGAAGCAAGUGCUUUGAAGAAAAAGGUCAACAAGGGAAAAACAGAAGGUUCUGAAAAUUCAGACUUAGACAAAACGCCCCCACCAUCUCCUGAAGAAGAUGAGGACCCAGGUGUUCAGAAGAGACGGUCCAGCAGGCAGGUGAAGAGGAAGCGCUACACUGAAGACUUGGAGUUCAAGAUUUCUGAUGAGGAGGCAGAUGAUGCAGAUGCUGCUGGGAGAGACUCCCCCUCGAACACCUCGCAGUCAGAGCAGCAGGAAUCUGUUGAUGCAGAAGGUCCAGUGGUAGAAAAAAUCAUGAGUAGUCGUUCAGUGAAAAAACAGAAGGAAUCCGGAGAGGAGGUAGAAGUUGAGGAAUUCUAUGUGAAAUACAAAAACUUCUCUUAUCUUCAUUGUCAAUGGGCAUCUGUAGAAGAUCUGGAAAAAGAUAAGAGAAUUCAGCAAAAGAUUAAACGAUUUAAGGCAAAGCAGGGCCAGAACAAAUUCCUUUCAGAGUCUAGAAGAUACUGGUCCUUAAGAUAUUGUGUGGAAAUUCGAUGGUCUGAUUACAAUCUUGUAAUGAAAGUCCAGUUAGUAGAUAUGAAAAAUAUUGAAGAUGAGCUUUUUAAUCCAGAUUAUGUGGAGGUUGACCGGAUAAUGGACUUUGCACGUAGCACAGAUGACCGGGGAGAGCCCGUGACUCACUACCUGGUGAAGUGGUGCUCCCUGCCUUAUGAGGACAGCACUUGGGAGCUCAGGCAGGACAUCGAUCAAGCCAAGAUCGAGGAGUUUGAGAAACUAAUGUCCAGGGAGCCAGAAACAGCGCGCGUGGAGCGACCUCCUGCUGAUGAUUGGAAGAAAUCGGAGAGUUCCAGGGAGUAUAAAAACAAUAACAAACUCAGGGAAUACCAGUUGGAGGGAGUAAACUGGCUACUUUUCAAUUGGUACAACAUGCGAAACUGCAUUUUAGCAGAUGAAAUGGGUUUGGGAAAAACUAUCCAGUCCAUUACAUUUCUCUAUGAGAUAUAUUUGAAAGGAAUCCAUGGCCCUUUUUUAGUAAUUGCCCCAUUGUCCACAAUCCCCAACUGGGAAAGGGAAUUCCGUACCUGGACAGAGUUGAACGUGGUUGUGUAUCAUGGGAGUCAAGCUAGUCGUCGGACCAUUCAGUUGUAUGAAAUGUACUUCAAAGAUCCCCAGGGUCGAGUGAUAAAGGGGUCCUAUAAGUUUCAUGCCAUCAUCACGACCUUUGAGAUGAUUUUGACUGAUUGUCCUGAGCUUCGGAAUAUUCCAUGGCGCUGUGUAGUCAUCGAUGAAGCCCACCGGCUGAAGAACAGGAACUGCAAGCUGCUGGAGGGACUCAAGAUGAUGGACUUGGAACACAAAGUGCUGCUGACGGGGACCCCGCUGCAGAACACUGUGGAGGAGCUCUUCAGCCUGCUCCACUUCUUGGAACCCAGUCGCUUCCCUUCAGAAACCACCUUCAUGCAGGAGUUUGGUGAUCUGAAAACAGAAGAACAGGUGCAAAAACUCCAGGCUAUUCUAAAGCCGAUGAUGUUGAGACGUCUCAAGGAGGAUGUAGAAAAGAACUUGGCCCCCAAAGAAGAAACUAUCAUUGAAGUUGAGCUAACAAACAUUCAGAAGAAGUAUUACCGAGCCAUCCUUGAGAAGAAUUUUACAUUUCUUUCCAAAGGUGGCGGUCAAGCUAACGUACCUAACCUUUUAAACACUAUGAUGGAACUACGCAAGUGCUGCAAUCAUCCGUACCUAAUUAACGGUGCUGAAGAGAAAAUUUUGGAAGAGUUUAAAGAAACACACAAUGCAGACUCUCCAGAUUUUCAGCUCCAGGCGAUGAUCCAGGCUGCUGGCAAGCUAGUGCUGAUUGACAAGCUGCUGCCAAAACUGAAGGCUGGUGGCCACAGGGUGCUUAUCUUUUCCCAGAUGGUGCGCUGCCUGGACAUACUGGAAGACUACCUCAUUCAAAGACGGUACCCGUACGAAAGGAUCGACGGCCGAGUGAGAGGCAACCUGCGCCAGGCAGCUAUUGACAGAUUCUCCAAACCUGACUCGGAUAGGUUUGUUUUCCUCCUGUGCACACGGGCAGGAGGUUUAGGCAUUAAUCUUACUGCUGCUGAUACCUGCAUCAUCUUUGAUUCUGACUGGAAUCCCCAAAAUGACCUCCAGGCCCAGGCAAGGUGUCACAGGAUAGGACAGAGCAAAUCUGUGAAAAUCUACAGGCUGAUCACACGAAAUUCUUACGAAAGGGAGAUGUUCGACAAGGCGAGUCUGAAGCUCGGUCUGGAUAAAGCGGUGCUGCAGUCCAUGAGCGGAAGGGAAAACGCAACCAACGGGGUGCAGCAGCUUUCCAAGAAGGAAAUAGAGGAUCUGCUGCGGAAGGGGGCCUACGGGGCGCUCAUGGAUGAGGAGGACGAAGGGUCUAAGUUCUGCGAAGAAGACAUCGACCAGAUUCUCCUGCGGCGAACGCACACCAUCACCAUCGAGUCCGAGGGGAAGGGCUCCACGUUUGCGAAGGCCAGUUUUGUUGCAUCUGGAAAUAGGACAGAUAUCUCCCUGGAUGACCCAAAUUUCUGGCAAAAGUGGGCUAAGAAGGCUGAGUUGGAUAUCGAUGCCUUAAAUGGGAGGAACAACCUGGUCAUCGACACCCCGAGGGUGAGGAAGCAGACCAGGCUGUACAGUGCGGUGAAGGAGGACGAGCUGAUGGAGUUCUCAGACCUGGAGAGCGACUCCGAGGAGAAGCCUUGCGUGAAGCCCCGGCGGCCGCAGGACCGGUCCCAGGGCUACGCCAGGAGCGAGUGCUUCCGGGUGGAGAAGAACCUGCUCGUCUAUGGCUGGGGACGGUGGACGGACAUCCUUUCCCACGGACGCUACAAACGCCAGCUCACUGAGCAGGAUGUGGAGACCAUCUGCAGGACCAUCCUCGUGUACUGCCUCACCCAUUACAAGGGGGACGAGAACAUCAAGAGCUUCAUCUGGGACCUGAUCACGCCCACGGCCGACGGCCAGACGCGCGCCCUGGUCAACCACUCCGGUCUAUCAGCCCCGGUGCCCAGGGGAAGAAAGGGGAAGAAGGUGAAAGCCCAGAGCUCACACCCGGUGGUGCAGGACGCCGACUGGCUGGCCGGCUGCAACCCCGAUGCGCUGUUCCAGGAGGACAGCUACCGGAAGCACCUGAAGCACCACUGCAACAAGGUCCUGCUGCGUGUCCGCAUGCUGUACUACCUACGACAAGAAGUGAUAGGAGACCAGGCAGAUAAGAUCUUAGAGGGUGCUGACUCAAGUGACGCUGAUGUGUGGAUACCCGAGCCGUUCCACGCCGAGGUCCCCACGGAUUGGUGGGAUAAGGAGGCGGAUAAGUCCCUCCUAAUUGGAGUGUUCAAACACGGCUACGAGAAGUACAACUCCAUGCGCGCGGACCCCGCACUGUGCUUCCUGGAACGAGUGGGUAUGCCUGAUGCCAAGGCCAUCGCUGCCGAGCAGAGAGGAACAGACAUGCUAGCAGAUGGCGGUGACGGGGGAGAAUUUGAUAGAGAAGAUGAAGACCCGGAAUAUAAACCCACCCGAACGCCAUUCAAGGAUGAAAUAGAUGAAUUUGCCAAUUCUCCUCCCGAAGAGAAGGAAGAGUCUGUGGAACUACGCACCACAGGCAAGCACAGCGAGAGCAAUGCUGAGUUAGGCCAACUGGACUGGCCUAACACCUCAACCCUGACCACCCGCCUGCGCCGGCUCAUCACUGCCUAUCAGCGCAGCUACAAGAGGCAGCAGCUGAGGCAGGAGGCCCUGACCAAGACGGACCGGCGGAGGCGGCGGCCGCGGGAGGAAGUGAGAGCACUGGAAGCGGAAAGGGAAGCUAUAAUCUCUGAGAAACGGCAAAAGUGGACAAGAAGAGAAGAGGCUGACUUCUACCGCGUGGUAUCCACUUUUGGGGUUAUUUUUGACCCCAUGAAACAGCAGUUUGAUUGGAACCAGUUUCGAGCCUUUGCCAGACUGGACAAAAAGUCGGACGAAAGCCUGGAGAAAUACUUCAGCUGCUUUGUGGCCAUGUGUAGGCGUGUGUGUCGAAUGCCCACCAAGCCCGAUGAUGAACCUCCAGACCUCUCCAUGAUCGAGCCCAUCACAGAAGAGCGUGCCUCUAGAACUCUCUACCGCAUCGAACUGCUCCGGAAAAUUCGUGAGCAGGUUCUCCAUCACCCUCAACUGGGGGAGAGGCUGAAGCUCUGCCAGCCGAGCCUGGACCUGCCGGAGUGGUGGGAAUGUGGACGGCACGACCGAGAUUUGCUGGUGGGCGCCGCUAAACACGGGGUCAGUCGGACGGACUAUCACAUCCUCAAUGACCCCGAACUGUCCUUCUUGGAUGCGCACAAAAACUUUGCACAGAACAGAGGGCCUGGCAAUAUGUCGGCCUUGAACCCGCUGGCAGUGGGAUUUGGCCAGACUCCGGCCGUCAUCUCAUCCGCUCACGUUCAGGAGGAAAAGGUGACGGGACAGACCGAGGGCAAAGUGGAGGAGCCUGACCACGCGGCCGCCCAGGAGAAACCUGCCACGAAAGAGGAGGAGGAGGAACCCGAGGGCGGGGACAAGGACCGGAAGGAGGACUGUGAGGCCGAGGCCAGCUCUGUCAAACAGGAGCUGAAAGGCAUGGAGGUCGGCGCAGAUUCAGGGCCCAAGUCAAUUUCCGAGAAAGGUUCGGAAGAGGACGAGGAAGAAAAGCUGGAGGAUGAUGACAAGUCGGAAGAAUCUUCCCAGCCUGAAGCAGGAGCUGUCUCGAGGGGGAAGCAUUUUGAUGAAGAAAGCAAUGCUUCUAUGAGCACUGCCAGGGACGAGACCCGAGAUGGCUUCUACAUGGAGGACGGGGACCCGUCGGUAGCGCAGCUCCUUCAUGAGAGAACAUUUGCCUUCUCGUUUUGGCCUAAGGAUCGAGUAAUGAUAAACCGAUUGGACAAUAUCUGUGAAGCGGUGUUGAAAGGCAAAUGGCCAGUAAAUCGGCGCCAGAUGUUUGAUUUCCAGGGCCUCCUCCCCGGCUACACGCCGCCCACCGUGGACAGCCCCCUGCAGAAGCGGAGCUUUGCGGAGCUCUCCGCCGUCGGCCAGGCCAGCGUCAGCGGGAGCGAGGACCUCACCACUUCUCCCCAGUUGUCAAAGGAAGAUGCUCUCAAUCUCGCUGUCCCUCGCCAGCGGAGGCGGAGGAGGAGGAAAAUUGAAAUCGAGGCCGAAAGAGCUGCCAAGCGGAGAAACCUCAUGGAGAUGGUGGCCCAGCUUCGGGAGUCUCAGGUGGUCUCAGAAAAUGGACAAGAAAAAGUUGUAGAUUUAUCCAAGGCCUCCAGGGAGGCAACAAGCUCUACCUCAAAUUUUUCAUCUCUUACUUCAAAGUUUCUCUUGCCUAACGUCUCGACGCCAGUGUCCGAUGCCUUUAAGACUCAGAUGGAGCUGCUGCAGGUGGGGCUGUCACGCACGCCCACGAGGCACCUGCUCAACGGCUCCCUCGUGGAUGGGGAGCCCCCCAUGAAGAGGAGGCGGGGGAGGAGGAAAAACGUGGAGGGCCUCGAUCUGCUUUUCAUGAGCCACAAACGGACGUCACUGAGUGCAGAGGAUGCUGAGGUGACCAAAGCUUUUGAAGAAGAUAUAGAGACCCCACCAACACGAAACAUUCCUUCUCCUGGACAGCUGGACCCCGACACACGGAUCCCUGUUAUAAAUCUCGAAGAUGGGACGAGGCUGGUGGGGGAUGACGCUCCUAAAAAUAAGGACUUGGUUGAAUGGCUGAAGCUGCACCCUGCUUACACUGUUGAUAUGCCAAGUUACGUACCAAAGAAUGCAGAUGUGCUGUUUUCCUCAUUUCAGAAACCGAAACAGAAACGACAUAGAUGUCGAAACCCUAACAAAUUGGAUAUAAACACUUUGACAGGAGAGGAAAGGGUGCCCGUCGUCAAUAAACGAAAUGGAAAGAAGAUGGGCGGAGCGAUGGCGCCUCCCAUGAAGGAUCUGCCCAGGUGGCUGGAAGAAAACCCUGAGUUUGCAGUUGCUCCCGACUGGACUGACAUUGUUAAGCAGUCUGGUUUUGUUCCCGAGUCGAUGUUUGACCGUCUUCUCACUGGACCUGUGGUGAGGGGAGAAGGAGCGAGCCGACGAGGAAGAAGGCCCAAGAGCGAAAUCGCCAGAGCAGCGGCCGCCGCCGCCGUGGCCUCCACGUCGGGCAUCAACCCUCUGCUGGUGAACAGCCUGUUUGCGGGGAUGGACCUCACGAGCCUGCAGAACCUCCAGAACCUCCAGUCUCUCCAGCUGGCGGGGCUCAUGGGCUUCCCUCCCGGACUGGCCACAGCUGCCGCGGCCGGAGGCGACGCCAAGAACCCUGCGGCCGUGCUGCCCCUGAUGCUGCCGGGCGUGGCGGGCCUGCCCAACGUGUUCGGCCUGGGCGGGCUGCUCAACAGCCCCCUGUCCGCUGCUGCUGGGAACACCACUACUGCGUCCAGUCAGGGAGACCCGGACGACGGCACUUCCAAGGGGGAAGAGAAGGGCAACGAGCACGAGGAGGAGAGCAAAGACCCGGAGAAAAGCACAGACGCUGUUUCGGCUGCUGACUCUGCGAAUGGUCCCGUUGGUGCUGCUACUGCCUCGGCCGGAUUGCCCUCCAACCCGCUCGCCUUCAACCCUUUCCUCCUCUCCACCAUGGCCCCAGGCCUCUUCUACCCUUCCAUGUUUCUACCUCCGGGGCUGGGAGGAUUGACGCUGCCCGGGUUCCCCGCGCUGGCAGGACUGCAGAACGCCGUGGGCGCGGGCGCGGAGAAGGGCCCCGACAAGGCCGAGGGGGCGGCCUUUCAGGAAGAGGAGCACCUCGAGGGCAGCGACGCCGAGGAGAACCUGGACAAGACGGCCGAGUCCUCCGUCCUCGAAGACGAAAUAGCACAGGGUGAAGAGCUGGACUCGCUGGAUGGCGGGGAGGAACUAGAAAACAACGAGAACGACGAGUAACCAGGCCCAGUUCCCGUUCAAGUGUUUAAAACUUUUGACAAGUGGUAGUCCUACUGUUUACACUCACAGUUAAUGUUCAUACCUAGUUUUAUAAGCUGUUCUGUAACAUAGUGUAGCAAAAAGAAAAAAAGAAGAAAAAAAGUCCAAGUCAUGUUAUACAGGUGUGUCAAAAGGUAUCUUGGUCAUUAAGUAUUGUGCAGUGCAUUAUUUAUUACCCCUAGGAGAGAUGAAAUUCGAGAGGUGAUCAUGUCUUUUUAAGGAAAGCUUACAUAAUGCUCUGCUUUGUUCCCUCUUCGUGUGGUACCGUUGGUAUUAUAAUAAAGAGCAAUUCGUAACAGGGCGGCACUCACGGAAGGACGCGCCGCUCGAAGGAAGUAUGAAGUUAUAUAUUUAAUUUUUUUAAUUUUCAUUUCGUUGCUGUGAAGGUCAAGAUGAAAUUUGCCGUACAUAUCAUACUUGCUCAUUUGUUUCCCUUUCUGACUGUCUGGGGUGCCCACACUCGCGCAUACACACACACACACACAUCCGUACACUCUGACAAUCUCCACGUUAGUGUGAACGUCUCCGUCCCGAGGCGCAGCAAUAAUAAGGCAGCUGUUGAAUGUGAAGGGUCCCUUUGGAAAUUAACCUACUGGGAGGGUUCUCGCCAGAUAGAACUACAGUUCCAUUGUCUCGUGGUCUUGUAAUGCACUGGUAUAAACAAAAUAAAUAGAUGAAUAAAUAAAAGAGUGAGAGACUAGAGAAUCAGGUACCUUUUUUUUUUUAAAUUAAAAGGACUUUGUUACUUUAGCCACAAAGCUAAAACAGCAUUACCUCAGCUCUAAACUAGCCUUGAAGUUUACAGACAUGACUUUGUAAAUGUAUUGUUUUUCUUUGUUGUGAUGUCCUUUUAUUUUUUUCCUUUGAAAACUGCUAUCAUGUAAGAUAAACUGUAAAUUGCUGCCAACUGUAGUAAUGAUGCUUUUAAUAAAAGUGACCCAUGAUAUGCAGAAAUGUAAUUAUAGGAUGUAGUGUGUAGGGGAACUGGUGUUCGCUCUAUUUUUUGCCUUCGCAAUAGAUGCAAAUACAGCAUU